GCAUAGUGUGUGUGAUCGCGACUUUAAAGCUUUAUAAGCGCGGAUAGCAACGCGUCGUGUACGUUUCCAGGCGGGUCUGCCCAGCUCCGUGUCCGCGCACAGGUGUCUCUUUCCAUCCGCACCACCACAGACGCAUAUUAUUCUCUUUACAUUCCUUCAAGGUCCUAAGAAAAAGACAAAAUGCCUAGCACCGCCCGAAUCGUGAUCCUUAAGCUCAUCCAAGCUGGCUUGCUUGGCGGCGCCCUGUACAUGCAGUACAACAGCAUGGAGUUCACAAACCACGGCGUAAUGAUGUUGUCCUGCGCCUCUUUGGGCGGAUUCCUGGCCGUCGUCCUUGGCAUGAUUGGCGCCGUCAUCGUCCAGCAGCCGGUGCCCAAGAGAGCCGACAUUCUGUACAACUUGAUGGGGGCGUGCGCCCUCGGAGCCGCUGGCUACUUCAUCGUGGACUACUUUUAUGUGGCCAAAGACGCCAAUUUGGCGGAGAAGAUCAUCGGCAAAAUAAAUUCCGGUUUAAGCGAAGAGACUCGCAACAUGGGCUUGGCCAAGGGCGCCGUCUGCUUCAUCACUGCCUUUGUCAUCCUCAUCGACAUUGUCGCCACCCUCAGGGAGUAAAUUCAUUUGAGGUAAAAUGACCAAGUAUGGAGCACAAGUUUUGCUCCUUUUUUCGCCCUUGUGGCAGAAAACUCACUUUCAUAUUGUAAACUAUCACACAAAUUGAUAUAUUUUUUCCUUCAGUGCCAAACAUGCACAAACACAUUUUAAAUUUUGCAAGGAAAUUCUUCUCUAUUAAUAAAGUGCCAUCAUUUCAUUUAAAAAGUUCCAUUUCAAUCUUUUGUUGAUUUAUGUAGUAAGAAGGAAGGUGUGGUUUCAAUUUUAGAGCAAAGCAUUUCAACAAUUUAAGUUUGGGUCUUUCGUGGUAUUUAGCAUUUUUUUUUUUAAAUUGCACAACCAACUGCCACUUGUUGUAAGAUAGAAAAAAAUGUAUUUCUAUUAUUGCCUUAUUGUUAGACACAGAAAUGAAUGAAAAAAUUGAGUGUUCCUAUUUAUAUUUUACGAAUGCAACUUUUUCAAACUCAUUUGAGCACAAAAUCGACAGUUGCCUCAGAAAAAAAUAAUACUCUUAUAUUGAUCUGCUUUUAUAAAUAAAUGGAGGGAAAAUAAAGAACAUUAUUGCUUCUUGCUGCUAUCGAGAACUUGAGAUGUAAUCACUAAAUAAAAUAUUCAUAUAUAAAA